CCUUGGAACAGUGGAAGAGAGUCCCAGGUCGCCUAAGUUCCCAGAGUCAAGAUGAAGGCCGUUGCUGUGAUAUGUCUGUUCCUGCUGGCUGCUCAGGCCACUGCCAACCUCCUCGACGGGCUGGAACACCACGGCCACCACGGAGAACACGGUGAACACGGUGAACACGGAGACCACGGAGACCACGGGCAUGGAGAACACGCUCAUGGUGAACACGGCGAGCACGCUCAUGGAGAACAUGGGGAUCACGCUCAUGGCGACCACGCCCACGGUGAACACGGCGAUCAUGAACAUGGCGACCAUGGAGAACACGCCCACGGUGACCACGGCGCCGGAGAAGCCCACGACGAGGCUCAUGACCACAGCCACGACGAUGUCCAGGUGAACCAGGACCCCUUCGCCAGCGCCCUCGCCGGCGAGCUCGGCGGCGGCUUCCUCUCCUUCCCGACCGACGAGCCCGUCGAGUUCUCCACCGCGCCCGCGCCCGCCACCGCCGCCCCCGCCUUCAACGCCUUUGAACUCGCCGCGCCGUCCUUCGAGCAGGUGCCCCCCGCCCUUGAACCCGCCGCGCCGUCCUUCGAGCAGGUCCCUCCCGCCCUUGAGUCUGCCGCGCCGUCCUUCGAGCAGUCCGCAGCCGCAGAGACGCCCGUGACACAGACCUUCGCCCCGGCCGCCGCCAACAACCUCCAGUUCGCUGAAGAACCGAAGAGCAACGACAUCGAGGCGGCGGCGUCGUCGUCCUCGUCAGGAGAAGCAAAGCAGCUGGACAGCGGCAGCGCCCCCUCGGCCCGCUCCUCCGACUACCCCGAGUACGCGGUCGUGCCCCGGACGUCGUUCAGCUGCGCCGCGCAGGAGACCGGCGGCUACUUCGCGGACCCCGAGGCGGAGUGCCAGGUAUUCCACAUCUGCCUGAACGGCCAGAACAUGGGGUCCUUCCUGUGUCCGAACGGCACGCUCUUCCACCAGCAGUACUUCGUGUGCGACUGGUGGUACAACGUGGACUGCGCCGCCGCCACGCAGAGCUACGGCCUCAACGCCCAGAUCGGAGUCGUGCCGGAGUAGUUUUCCCUGUCCCUGCCUUCCGUGGGUCGAAGUCGUCGGCCGCGGAUGACGAGAUUCUCAUUUCUUUCCCUUGGAGUGUUAGGAAGGUGAUUUUUUUUUUUUUUUUUUUCGCAUUCGGAAAGGGAGUAAAAUAUAUUUUGUGAUUCUGUGGGAGUUUAGACGCGAAAAAAAAAAGUAUUCGAGAAAGCAAGUCAUAUGUUAGGGUAUAUAUAUAUUUUUUUUUUUGUCUAAUUAUCUCAUUUGCUUUCUUUUUUUUCUUCGGAAAGAAUAUAAUGCAAUAGUGUUCUUACGCAUAGUGAUAUCAUAUCAAUAGAUUGCCUGGCGGCUCCCCUCCCCCCCCCCCCCCACCCUUCUACUACAAUUUAAACCCGUAGCGUAGAAUCAGCGAACUCGCCCCUCGAAACAAAAAACAAACAAAAUCAUUAAUAAUACAAUCCCUCACAAAAAAUAACAAAAACAAAAACGAAACACAUAUGGUGGAGCUUUUUCCAAAUCUUUUUUUUUUCAUAUUUUUUUCAGUUCUUUGCCGUAAUUUAUGAUCAUUGCUUCGCUAAGUGUGGACAUUUUAUAUUAUAAGCAAGCUUUAGGAAAUGAGGUUAAUGAACGAGUGUUAGAGUGUGUGUGUUCAUUAACUUUUUAUAUUUUUUAUUCGUGUAUUCAUGCGUAAGUUUGUGGCAUUGUAUGUGCAUAUGAAAAUCGAUACAGAUAUGUGUGUGUGUGUGUAUGUCUGUGUGUAAUAGUAUAAUGUGUAAAGAAUGUGUAAAGUUCAUCUUGACAGAAAAAAAAGUAUGAAUGUGUUCGAUACGGUGCAUUCGAGUCUUGCAGUGUGGGAAUCAUGUUCUCUCUGUGCCAUAGAUCAGACGGAAGCCAGAGUGAUGUUGUGAAUGAAUAAAAAAACAUAAACAAUUCUGAAAGUAUCAUCAAAAAGAUAAGCUCAUUCAUAAAAUCACAUUUGAAAUAGCUAAUAACAUUUUCAGUAAUACACUAACAAUGGCACAUUCAAGUACAAAUAAUGUCAAGUACAUAAAACAGACACACAUUCACAUAUACACAUUAACAGACAUCAUGUCAUUAUUUUGUAUUUCUCAUUCAUCAUCAAUUGUAUUCUGUGUUCUCUCUCAUCUACGCUGUUCAUUUGCUUUCUCUCUCUCCUUUCUUUUAUCUUGUGCUCUAAUUAUGAAGUUUCUUCCCUUUUCCUCUACUUUUUCUCUUCUCUUUAUAUUUCUUCGGUUUCUGUUAAUUAAGAGUUUCUCU